UUGAAUAUGGCUUGAUUCGGAAAAAUUUAAUAUUUUCUUUUAUAUAGGAUUCUAAUUCAUAUUCACGAUUUUGAUAUCGCCCAGAAAGUAUUUGGGAAGCUAGAUUUUCAAGUUUAAUAUCAAUUAGACACAUUUAAUUAGGAAAUUUGAUUGUUUAACAUGUGAACGGUUUGUUUGAAAACAACUGCCCCUGUUAAUUAUCUAUUAUUUGUGAUCAGGACACCGCCGUUUAUGAACAAUGUGAUGAACAGUGAUUGUAUUAUAGUGUUUUAGUGGGUUUAGGUUAUAGAUUAGACUAAAGAAUGGGGACUUCAGCACCAGCAGUAGAGGUAGAAUUUAACGCGUUCCAGUUCGAGAAACUCCUGACGAACCUGAAGGACUCGCAGGACAGUAUAAACCACUGUUGCCAGUGGUGUUUGCAGAACAGGCAGCACCACAAGAAGAUCGUGAAUUCCUGGUUAAAUGUGGUUAAACGCGUCAAAAUCGAGCAAAGGCUCGUUCUGUUUUACCUGGCCAAUGACGUGGUACAAUAUUCAAAGAGGCGAAACUAUGCCUAUGUGGAGAGCUGGGGAACGGCUAUUCAAAAGGCUACAACUUUGGUUCGCGAUGAGAAGGUCAAACACAAAAUUUUACGAAUAUUUAAGAUAUGGGAACAAAGGGGCGUGUAUGGAGAAGAUUUUAUAGCAGACUUGUCUGGUUUAAUCAGUGUACAACCUACAGGUCCUAAAAACGAUGAACCGCAUGAGUUUCAAGCAAGUUAUGUGAUAAAUAAGAUAAAAAACUGUGCAAAUUUAGAAAAAGAUACGGACUUGAAACUGAAACAUUUAAAUGAACAUAAUCCAAAGAUACAGAUAUCAGAGGGUCUCACAAAUUCGUUAAAAGAUCGGGUUCAUGUAGAUGAUGUAGAAAAAGAAUUGGAUGUAUAUGUACAGCACAUGGAGGAUUACAUCAAUGCUCUGAAGUUAGAAAUAAAAAACCGAAUUGCUUUGAUCUCAGUACUGAAACAAGCCGAAACACAACUCGAAGCAGACAGAAAGGACGUUAAAUUGGUUGCUCAUGCCUACAAAACGUUUGGCCAAAGAGUGAAAGUAUUUCAAAAAAAGUUAGAAGAGCAUAUGGAAGAUUUACCAAGCCCUGUACCCUCUCCGGAUAUAAAUGCACCUUCGCCUAGUCCAGACUCGGACUUAGAAUUGCCCGAUGAUCCAGCGGAAAAUAAGUCUACAGUUGCAGAUACUUCAGUGGAUUUGUCUGCGACGAUACAAUUCACCAAUCCGGGCUAUUAUAAUCCAGUGGCUCCACAUUUAGAUACCAGUACAAAUUCCCUGGCAAACACGACGGCCACUGCCGGUACUAAUGAGAGUAACCUCAGUUUUUUAUCGAACGGUUUCACCAGUUUUCUGGGCCAGAACCUGUCUUUCGAUAUUACGAAUAUCAGUGCAAGUGGACUGUUUACUAGUUCGGUGAAUAACAGUAGUGCACUGAAUAAUUCACAAACAUCAAACAGCUAUGCUAAUACUUCAACAGAUUUAAUUCAGCCUCCUGUACCGAUUGAUUCAAAAGCCAGCGAAAAUGAUUUAAGCGCCGUGUAUAAUCCACUGUUGCCACCUCCGAUGCCUCCAUUUUCGAAAAAUAACGAUGAUGGCGGUUUCAGUUUCAAUUCAUCAAUGGAGGGUACAAAUACUUUUGCGGGAUCUUACGAUACGUCGGUAGCGACAUACUCCGGAUCUACUUACAGUCCUUCGACGGCUACGAAUAGCCAUUACGACUACCAGUUACAAACUGGCGUGAAUCCCUAUCCGCCCGAAGCCAACUACGAUCCCAGCGACUUGCCGACCCGAUGGGACGACGCAGGUGACAUUUGGAACGAGCUAAAGGACUGCGAUACGCCCGAAAGUCCUCCCAUGUUCGAGAAGAAAGGAUAUGGUAAUCCGGUGGAAUACCAUGACGGUUCUAUGUCGACUGGCGCAGCUGACGUAGAUCAAAGGGUGUUACCUGGUCUGGGAGAUUUAGAUUCAAUCGUUAGUAUUGGAGUGAAAGACGUAGAUCACAGAAAUCUCAUCAGUUUGACCGGCUCUCCAAAUGAUGACGCCGAUCAUGUAAAUGGUGUCAAUCCACCACCUCCUGUAGCAGACAGAAGUAAUUUGACUACCAUCAUUCCUCAAGAGACUCUAUGGGAAAACCACGAUCAAGACUACCGGACACUGUCCACCCUGAACAGCGACGUUGGUCCACCUCCACCCCCUCCCUCGUCCAACUCCAAAGACCAAGACUACCGGCUCCAGUUCGGUUUGGACAACCUGACCAUACCGCCGCCUCCGCCGCCCCCCAAAUCGCCCGAGCCGCCACCAAAAGCACCGCUGGCGCCGCCCCCUCUGCCACUCCCCGUUCUGGCUGCCGCGCCCCCUCCCCCGCCCCCGCCCAAGGAGGGCAAGAGUCCGGGGAGGAGGAGCGAUAACAACGAGGGUGACAUAGAUAUGGAUCUCAGCGACGAUUUGGAGGUGUCCGCCAAGCCGGAGGGAAAUGGCCACGCCUCCCUGGAACCGCCCCCGCCCUUGCCCGACCUGCUCGACGACGUCGACGCCAACCAAUUCCUGGACGACAUCUCGAACGACUGAACGAGUUCAGCAAUUUGUCGGCGGAACUGAACCCGCCCG